GGGAUCCUCUGUGCAGUCUGUACAGGUUGUAGUGGGGAUGUGAGCUUCCUGGUGUUAAUCAGAGUCUGAGGUGUGUGCACAAUGAGCUGCUGUUUGAGGUGCUGCCUGCCAGCGAGCUAGGUACACAGAUCUCAGUAUCCUGGAACACAUUGUACUACUUCAGUGAACAUCUGAAUCCUUCAACCAGGCACUUUACUGAGUUCUGUUAUAAAACGAGCUGAAGUACUGCCUGAUAGUCGUGUACCCUGCGUGACGGAGAGCUGCUGUAUACCCUGCAUGAUAUGUAAAAUACCUAAUGUCUGACCCAGAGCGUACAAAAGAGUGCGUGAGCCCAGUGCCUGAGCCGGAGGCGCCUCAGCCUGAGCAGCCUGAUGUCAGCAUGGCACGCCACCUUAAAUAUAUUUCCCUGGGGGUCCUGGUGUUCCAGACGACCAACUUAGUGCUGACAUUGCGCUACUCCAGAACUCUAAAGGAGGAGGGGCCGCGCUAUCUGUCAUCCACCGCUGUUGUGGUUACGGAGCUGCUGAAGAUCAUGGCCUGUGUUCUCCUCGUCUAUAAGGACAACAGUUGUAGUGUUCGAGCCCUGAAUCGACUACUUCAUGAUGAAAUAAUUAACAAACCAAUGGAGACACUGAAGCUUGCGAUACCCUCUGGGAUUUACACCCUGCAGAAUAACUUGCUGUAUGUAGCGUUAUCCAACCUUGAUGCAGCUACUUACCAGGUGACAUAUCAGCUGAAGAUUCUCACUACUGCCCUGUUCUCUGUGACAAUGCUUCAGAGGCGGCUGACAAAAUAUCAGUGGCUGUCAAUGGUGAUCCUGAUGGCUGGGGUGGCUCUUGUGCAGGUAAAUCCCAGUUAUCCCUUCCUGUGGCCGAUGUCACACGCAGUUGUCUUCUCCCCUUUUUUUUUUUUACUGACAUGCAGCACUCUGUGACAAUUAGAUGUGCUGGUUAUAUGUAGUAAUGCACAGUGUACACAGUGCUGUGCGUCCUACUGCCCUGGCACUGUGCUCUUUAUUCUUUGUCUAUAUGACCAGCCUCUUUGUCCUGUGUACAUGAUGUUAGCCAUUAUUCUGCAUAUAUUGUGUGCUUGACGCCAGCCUCUCUGUCCCAUAUUGUUUCCAGAUUAUCUACCCCUGCUUUG